CCAUUUUACUUCCAAGACUACCUCACGUACCGAAAUGUAAAUAUUUUGACUCGUCUGCUCACAAUUUUGUCAAUGAAUGAGUUCACAUUUUGCUGACUGCAUGCAUAGACCACCUUCAAUGUCAAUGGCAUUUAUAUGAAAAUAAAUUGUGAACUAUAAAAUGACACAAAUUUAAAUUAUUUUCUUCAUUUGUACAUCAGCAGUUUUUGGACUAAGAAGAAGAAAUAAAAAAAUAGUGGAAAAAAAUUCAAAAAUAACCUCAAAAUUUUCUAGAAUGUCAAAGCUAUCGCUCCUGCUCGCUGCAGCAACUCUAGUCACAAUCACAUCAGCCUACCAGUUUCCACCACUCCCACAACUUCCAACAAGCCUCUUAACACCAGAAGCUCGUCAACUUCUCUCAACACCAGACAUCAAAUGGAGCGGCGCUGAAUUCUCAUGGCCAUGUGGAACCACCAAAGCUCUACUCAAAAACUCUGGCAAAUUCAUCCCUAAAAACAUCAUCGCUACUCGUGCUCAGAUUUCACGUGAUAAUGUCUUCUUUGCCAUGCCUCGAUACCGCAAAGGAGUUCCAGCCACACUUGUAAAGACAAAACUAAGACGCGGUGCUUGUUCAGUGUCAUUUGAGCCAUUCCCGUGCUGGUCGAUGCAAGAAGAAGGAAAAUGCUCAGCUUUACAGUCUGUUGUUGACAUUGUGCUUGAUGGAAGUGACAUUUUAUGGGCUUUGGACACUGGAGUUGUUGGUACACUUGAGGAUGAUCCAGUUCAAUAUUGUCCACCAAAGAUUCUUGCAUUCAACGUCAAAAAUGGCAAAUUAGCCAAGACGAUCACAUUUGAUGGACUUAUCAACAAAAAUUCAAGGUUGCAAUACUUAGCUGUUGACUAUGGACGCGAUGGACGUCCAUUUGUUUAUGUUUCUGAUGCAGCUGCACGUGCUAUAAUUGUUUAUGAUGUUCAAGCUAGUCGUGGUUAUCGAGUGAUGUUGCCAAAAGCUGUCAGUGAAGGUUGUGGCAAGAAAGACGUUUUGUACUUGGCAAUGACAAGAAAAUCUUGCGGAACUUCCACUUUGUUCUUUACUUAUUUGUGCUCCAAGAAGUUGUUCUCGAUUCAGACUGAUUAUUUGAGAGAUGGAAGGACAAAUGGAAAGAUUGAAGAUGCUGGAACCAAAUUAGAGAAAAUGGUCAUUAUUGGAACUGACAAUGGUUGUGCUAUAUUCUUUAGACAUGAAGGUCACCCAGAAGUCUACCGAUGGGACACAAACACAGCAUUCCAGCAAGUCAACUUCAAGCCAGUCUACAGAAGUGAUUCGUGUCAAUUAGCAACGCAUGCAGUAGCUGAUUAUAGACAUUCAAGAAUGCGAGUUUUGGAAAGUAAUUUCCCAGAUUAUAUUCAAGGAAAAGUUGGAUGUGGGGCUGUGCAGCAGUUGACUGUUAUGGAAGGAUGCUUUUGAAGUGUUUUGUGGAUGUUUUUGUAAAUUUGAGUU